AUGCCAUUCGCUAACCUACGCGCCAUGGAAAUUCUUUCAACAAAUUACGAAUGGGGUUAUGCAGAUCCAGAAUUACCUCAAACCUUGGAAGAAUUAAAUGUUGUCACUGAAGAUGAGAUCUUUGUACGAAAUAUGAAGCAAGGAGAAGCUUGUAUUCGGAUUAAUUUCACUCCAACAGUUCCGCAUUGUUCAUUAGCUACAUUAAUUGGUCUAUGUAUUAGAGUAAAGUUACAACGAUGUCUGGACCAAGAUUAUAAAUUAGAUAUUUACGUUACCAAAGGAAGUCACGAUACCGAAGAUGGCGUCAAUAAGCAAAUCAAUGACAAAGAACGCGUUGCUGCUGCUAUAGAGAAUCCUAAUGUGAAGAAAUUAGUCGAAGAAUGCUUGCAAGAAGUGCAAUAUUGA